UAUAAAAGCAGAAGCAUUUGAGAUAGAAUUCAUUGCAUUCGCAACAUUUGCAACAUGAAGUUCACACUUUUCUUCGGUUUCGUAUUGGCCAUUUUGGCUUUGGCUUUCGCCAACCCCAACCCUAUGCCCAACCCCAAUCCUGAACCAUUGCCCGGUGGUGGUGGCGGCGGCGGCGGCGGCGGUGGCGGUCUUGAGCUUGAACUCGGAGGCGGUGGUGGUGGCGGUGGCGGCGGCGGAAAGUAAACUAUCCACCCAGUUCAAAGAAUACUCGUCGACGAUUUUAGCUUUUUUAGUUUAGUUUUAAUUCAAUAAAAAAUAAUAAUUUCUCCACAGAGUAAAAGUAAAGUUUUUUAUUUACAUAUGUACAUACUGUCGAUUAUUUGACUGGCAAUGUAAAGCAAAAAAUUUAAAUCUUUGUAAUCAGAAUUAAAUGAAGUUCUAGUACGCA